GUUUGUUUGUAAACCCCUGUACACUGCUGAUGUCGGCCGCUGUGACACCAAAAAUGACAUUCGCAAAAGUCACACAAAAAAUAAUGGAUCCGCAAGUUCGAAAUUUCCGCGAUUUUCUGCAAUUGUACAACAAAUUAACGGAAACGUGUUUCCAACAUUGCACCGACAAUUUCUUUAAUCGAAAUUUAAGUCAAGAAGAGACAAACUGUGUCGACAAAUGCGUUAUCAAAUUCAGUAACGUGAACCAAAAGGUCAUGGGAAUUUUCGUGGAGGCUCAGACAAACAUAAAUGCCAAGCGAAUGGCAGAACUAGAACUGCAACUCAAACAACAACAAGAAGCACAAAUGGCUCUGCAGCAACAACAAAAUUUGAAUGAUUUGAACCCGGGAGACGUAGCAUCAGUGAAUCCGGUACAAGUGACAUCAUAAGUUGUUGGUCGGAUCGGUUGUGAUUAUAUUUUGUUGUGUUGAUAGACUUUUGUUAACUUGAAUUGAGGAAUUAUAAGUUAUUGUAGGCUGAGAACAUGUUGACUAAUAUUUGUGUAAACACUUUGACUGGACUUCCUGCAUCGGGCAAAUCGACAUUCUGCCAAAAGAUCCAGCGUGAAGCGCAAACAUUUAAUGUCAUUCACAUUUGUUACGAUGAUUUUAUUCGACUGCCCACCACUGAUGAUUCACCAGCUCAGUCACACUACUUUCAAUCAAAACAGUACAAAAAGCACCGUUUCUCGUUGCUGUGGUUGAUCCAACAGCUGAUCGAUGACAU